AUGUAUCCAAAGGUUCACUCACCAAUCGCCGUCCGGGAAGAAGUUUUAAAAUGGCCACAGCAUACGUUGUGUAUCUACUUUGAAGGGGGACUUGGAAAUCACCUUUUUCAGUACGCUUCCGCUUAUGGGAUCGCAAAAUCCAAAGGUAUGGGUCUCGUGAUUGAUCGGAGGAGCUAUAUACUGACUUUAUUUGACAUGCGACCUCCACCUUUGACCUACAACCACGUGUGUGAAUGUAGCCGGAGGAAAGUUAUCGUGGAAGAAAAGCCAUGUCGAUUUGACCCACAUGUGUAUGAUUUUAAGCCAAAUCGAGACUACAGGAUAAGAAAUUUUCUCCAGUCUUGGAAAUAUUUUGAAAACGUCAUCAAUGACAUCAGACAGCAAUACGUCAUCAGGCAACCAUUUAUGGACAAGGGAACUGAAAUUCUACGUCAAAGCGUUGCCAGGCAUUAUGGAGAUAUCGGUGACGUAGUGCCAGACGAUUUGGUAUUUGUCGGGUUGCACGUCCGACGUGGGGAUUAUAUAAAAAAGGUAAAGAAGUUGUACGGAUAUCGAACUGCACCAAAACAUUAUAUAUUCAGAAGUAUGCAAUAUUUUCGUGAUAGGUACCCGCACGUUAUUUUCAUCGUCUGCUCUAACGAUAUGAAAUGGACGAAAACUGCUUUGGAGGGAAAAAACGACGCGAUCUUUAUGACCGGAAACGAAAGAGAAGUCGAUUUUGCGAUCCUGACGUCGAUGAACCACUCAAUUACAACGGUCGGUACGUUUUCGUGGUGGUCUGCGUUUCUCGCCAACGGAACUGUGAUAUACUUCCGACAUUUCGUUGUACCGAAUUCUCAACUACGUAAUGAAUUUAGUGCGGAUUUCAGUGACUUUUUCUUGCAUCAUUGGAUACCGAUGUAA